ACAUCAGGAUGUAGUGAUGAAAAUGUAAUAUUUUAGUUAUAAAAAGUCUGAAGACAAGACUACAAGUAAGAUUCUAGAAAGUUCCUCUUGGACUUCACUAAUGAGUCACAAAUUAAGAAUUUCUUUGUUCAUCUCAUCUACUUUCAUUUUGGGAAGAGUAUUGGUCAUUCUCAUUGUCGAAGUGAUGCAGUAAGGUUCACGUUAUAUAACACUGCAGCAGAAAUCUUUAAAAGUUAGUUGUGGAACAUCUACAAAGGCCCAAUUCGAUUGUUAUCUCAAGGUUUGACUCAAGGUUUGAACUUACAGUUUGGAUCUCAAGGUUACAGAGAUAGUGUUGAAGUUAACGCUAUUGAGUUGCUGAAUAAAACAUAAGUUUGUGGAAUUCUAGCAAAUUGUGUCCAGCGUGUAUUUCGUUGAGAAGCCUUGUGAAUAACAACAGUUGGAAAUAGAUGCGAACGAAACUCCUUCGUAUAAAGAUUUACGAAGGCAGCCACAAUAACAAUCGAAGAGCAUUAAAGUUUUGCAGCAGAGUUAUUAUAGAAGGUGUGACGUCAUGUCUUCAGAACCAGCAUCAAGACGUCAAUCGACAUCCAAGAGGAUCUCCACAUCGAAGGCCAGGAGUCUGGCAGGUGAUGAGUGCAUCAAAGAUGGUGUGGAAGGACAGUGUGAGCCAGCCAUGAAGGCCGAAAGUAUAGCAAGUUCGCGGAUGUCCCGCAGAAGUGCCAGACUUGCUGAAGCGUUCCAAGCUGAGCUGGCAGUGAUGGACCAAGAGGACAGACUAGAAGCUCUGAAGUAUGAGCAGUUAAUGAAAUUGCGGGAGGAGCAGCGUAAGCUGAAAGAAUUGAAGCUAAAAAAUGAGUUGGCAGCAAAAAUGUCAGCACUUGAAGAUGAGGAUGAUGCUUCAGAAGGUGACAGAGAUGACAUCCAGGUACCAAAGGAAAUACCUGGUGAUUCUGUGCGAAGGUAUUUUGAUUCUCAUCCGGACGUGGAAGCAAGUGCAGCACCUCCUCCUCACGACGUACAUCAGACGGGAUUUGAAAAGAUGGCGGAGUCCAUGACUGAGAUGGCAAAAGCGAUGAUGCAGCAGAAUGCAACAACACAUGGUCUCGCCAUCUCAAGCCAACUCCCAAAGCUCGAAAUACCAGUCUUUAGCGGUGAUCCCUUGCGGUACGCACUUUGGAAAAACGGCUUCACCAACUUGGUGGACUCAAAACCCCUGGAUGGAGCAACUAAACUCAACUAUCUAAAUAGCUAUGUUAUGGGAGAGCCAAAGAAGAUAGUUGAGCACUUCAUCUUGUUGGGGACAGAAGAAGCUUACUUCCAAGCGAUGGAGCUACUGCAAAAGAGAUAUGGCAGUGGCAGCGUGAUCAGUGCUGCCUUCUCUAACAAGCUGACCUCAUGGCCAAGGAUCUUCGACAAGGACCCUGCAGGAUUGCGGAAGUUCGCAGAUUUCCUCGAACAGGUAGCUGCAGCAAAGUCGACUGAGUCUUCUUUGGGGAUAUUGGACUAUCCUCAGGAAAACAUCAAGCUAGUCAACAAGCUACCCCUUUACCUUGAAAGAUCUUGGCGUGAUGAGGUGGAUAGAUGGCAGACACAUGGCUACGGAAGUUAUCCUCCGUUCAAGGUCUUCACCGACUUUGUUAGCAGAGCGGCCAACAAGGCCAACAUUCCUGAGCUGGAGGGACUGCGAAGCGGCGAGUCUAGACCACGGCAGUACCAAGAGGAACGCCCAAGGUACGCUCAUCAAAAAGGAAAGGUACUGUCAACCAAGGUCGAGUCCAAGAUCAGCAAGGGAAAUUACAGAUCCUGUCCUUUCUGUGAAGAAGAUCAUCACCUGGAUGACUGCAAAGACUUCAAGAAACGGUCACUUCAUGCAAGGAAAGGAUUCUUCUUUCAGAAGAAUCUGUGCAUGGGGUGUGGAGUAUCAGACAGCCAUCAGGUGAAGGAUUGCCAACACCGAAGGAACUGUAAGGUGUGCCAAGGAAAUCAUCUUGCAAGCCUUCAUCGAUUUGAAAGGGCUAAGAUCCAGGGCGAGGAAGCUUCAUCCAAUUGCACCAACGUCUGCUCCCUUCCGGACCAAGAUGGCCAAGAGCAUUGCAUGAUCGUUCCAGUGUGGGUGAGACACAAGGAUGAACCAUCCAGAGAGUUCCUUCAUUAUGCAAUCUUGGACGAUCAAAGCAAUGUAGGCUUUGUGUCGGAUGGACUGUGCGAGCAGUUAGGAGUCCAAGGAGCCGAAACCACGCUCAAACUCACAACGAUGCACACCACAACGAGCAUCCAGAGCAGGAAGGUAUGUGGGCUGCAGGUGCUGGACUUUAAAAAGGAGAAUGAGAUUGAUCUUCCACCAAGCUUCUCCAGAGAGUCUGUUCCAGCUCAUAGGUCCCAGAUUCCCAAAGGUGAAGUCAUGAAGGAGUGGCCUCAUCUGGAGCCAGUGGCUCAUGAGCUCAUGCCCUACAACACAAGUAUUAAGGUAUCGCUCCUUAUUGGAAACAACUGCCCCCGAGCCAUACGCCCUCGUGAAGUCAUUGCCGGUGAAGAAGACGACCCAUAUGCAGUAAGAACAGCACUUGGAUGGGGAGUAGUCGGCAAGGUAUGCCUAACAUCUUCAGGGGAGGCGCAGAUCUGUAAUAGGAUUUCUGCAGUGGAGAGGUACCCAAGGUUUGCCUUCGCGAGUAAGGCCAAGGAGAUCCUGGACACAGAGAAGAUGAUCCGAAUCCUUGAGCAGGACUUCAGGGACUCGGGUUCGAACGGUGCGCCGUACUCUGUGGAGGAGAAAAGAUUCCUGGAAAUCCUGGAAGGUGGUAUCCGCAGACGUGAUGAUGGCCACUAUGAGAUGCCGCUACCUCUGAAGGCUCCAAAGGUUAGUCUUCCCUUCAACAGGCCUCUAGCACUGAAGAGGUGGAACCAGCUGUCUGGAAGGUUGCGGAGGAACCCAAAGUUCGGCAGAGACUACAGGGAAUUCAUGGAUGACGUCAUCCAGAAUUAUGCAGAGAGAGUGCCCGCAGACCGUCUCAGCCUACAGGACCGGGUUAACUAUAUCCCUCACACUGGGGUGUAUCAUCCGAGAAAGCCUGAUAAGAUCAGAGUAGUCUUUGACUGCUCUGCACCUUAUCAAGGAGUAUCCCUCAACGAUGUUCUCUUGCAAGGACCCAACACUAUGAACAGCCUCCUGGGAGUGCUCUGUCGUUUCCGAAAGGAAGUAGUAGCUGUAGCAGCGGACGUAAAGAGCAUGUUCCACCAGUUUUACGUCGCCACAGAGGAUAGAGACCUCCUGAGGUUUCUCUGGUGGGAAAAUGGUAAUCCUGAGAACGCUGUCGUGGAGUAUCGCAUGAAGGUGCACUUGUUCGGUGCAGCUAGUUCUCCAGGAGUAGCUACCUUCGGGCUGAGAAGAGCUGCAGAUGACGGAGAAGGUGAAUAUGGUACUCCAGCAGCUAACUACAUCCGAAGAGACUUCUACGUCGAUGAUGGGUUAAGGUCAGAACCAGAUGUAGCAUCAGCAAUUAAGCUCCUCAAGAACAGUCAGGCAAUCUGUGCUAAAGCCGGACUAACGCUGCAUAAGAUUGCAUCCAACAAGAGGGAGGUCCAAGAGAGCUUCAACAAGAAGGAGGAUCCAACUGAGGAGAAGGAUCUAGGGAUGCAAGGUGUGUCGACAGUUGAAAGAGUGCUCGGAGUUGUAUGGUGUGUCAAGAAUGACAUCUUCAAGUUCAAGAUUGAACUCAAAGAAAGACCGUACACCAGACGCGGAGUGCUGUCAACAGUCAGCUCUUUCUAUGAUCCUUGUGGUUUCCUCAGCCCUGUCAUGCUCAGAGGGAAGCAGAUACUCCAAGAGCUUUGUCGGAGUAAGCUUGACUGGGACAGUCCAAUGCCAGGCAAUCUUCGCCCAGCCUGGGAAAGAUGGCUGCAGGAGGUGUUUCAUUUGGAGAAGCUCCAGAUAGCCAGAUGUUACAAGCCCCACGACUUUGGACAGGUCAAGGCGACAGAGAUUCACCACUUCUCUGAUGCAAGUCAGAACGGAUAUGGACAGUGUUCCUAUAUCCGUUUUGUGAACACUGAGGAUAAGGCCCACUGUUGUUUUGUCAUCGGGAAGUCUCGAGUGACUCCAUUGAAGCAGGUCAGCAUUCCAAGGUUGGAGUUGACGGCAGCUAAAGUUUCUGCAAAAAUGAGUUCAUUUUUGAAACAGGAGUUAAAAUAUGACGACAUCAAGGAGUAUUUCUGGACCGACAGCAAGGUCGUACUGGGUUACGUGCAGAACGAGGCCAGGAGAUUCCAUGUCUACGUAGCAAACAGGAUUCAGCUUAUCCGAGACCUGACGGACCCUGAUGAGUGGUGCUAUGUAGACACAGCCCAGAAUCCAGCAGACGAUGCUUCGAGAGGACUAUCUGCCACUCAGCUAACAGAGAAUUGCCGUUGGUUGAGGGGACCUGGUUUCCUGCGGACAGAUGGCAUGUUCAAGCUUGAUCAUGUGCAGCCACAAGUCCAGCUUGAAGAGAGCGAUCCAGAACUGAAACGUGCUACUACCCUAAAGACAGGAGCCGGUGAUGCGAAAGGUCACUUCGAAACUAGCCGAUUGAACAGCUUUUCGAACUGGCACAGAGCAAAGAAAGCAGUAGCUAGGUGUAUGCAGCUCACAGUGAAGCUGCAGAGUAGAGACGUCAAAGUUUCGAGCUCAUCUCCAGAUGCAGGAAAGUCAUCCAUGAAAGAGCCCGUGACUGUAGAUGAACUGCAACGUGCUGAAAGGUUGAUCCUUCGGAGCGUCCAAGCAGAGUGUUUCUUGGAGGAGUUGCAGACAUUGCAGAAGCUGAAAACUACAAGAGAGCUCACUUACAGACAAGCAACCCGUGUCAGGAAUGCUGAGCUCAAGAAAACGAGCUGUCUUUAUAGGCUCGAUCCUUUUCUUGACGAAGAAGGAAUAAUCAGAGUUGGUGGACGUAUAGACAGAGCAGAUGUCAGUAGAGAUAUAAGGCAUCCAAUCAUCCUUCCCCGGAAGAGUCAUAUCACAUGGUUGCUGAUCAAUGAUUGCCACAGCAAGGUCAAUCAUAUGGGACGUGGUCUAACACACAACGAGCUUCGCCAAAGAGGUUACUGGGUGAUAGGAGGAUCUUCUGCAGUUUCUCAGUUCAUCUCCCAGUGCGUUACCUGCAGGAAGCUUCGAGGUUCUCUUGUGCAGCAGAAGAUGUCAGAGUUACCCAAGGAGAGAGUUGAACCAUCCGCCCCUUUCACUUACUGUGCAGUCGAUUACUUUGGACCGUUUCUAUUGAAGGAAAGGAGAAGUGAGGUGAAGAGGUACGGUGUCCUUUUCACAUGUAUGUCUUCGAGGAGUAUACAUCUCGAGACUGCAAACAACCUUUCCAGCUCCUCUUUCAUCAAUGCUUUGAGGAGAUUCAUGAAUCGCCGAGGAACCAUUCGACAGCUGAGAUCAGAUCAAGGGACAACCUUCAUAGGUGCCAGGAGUGAGUUGAAGCUAGCUCUUCAGGAGAUAGACCAGCAGAAGGUGCAGGAGUAUCUGCUAGAAAACGGGGUAGAGUGGAUACCAUUCAAGUUGAAUGUUCCACAUUCUUCACACAUGGGAGGCGUCUGGGAAAGACAAAUACACACGGUGAGAAGAGCCUUAGACACUGUACUUGCUAAGGCCGGCAGCCAGCUUGACGAUGAAGCCUUUCGCACUUUCAUGACUGAGGCAGAGUGCAUCGUCAAUUCUCGACCUCUCACCAUCAAUGAUCUAAGUGACUCAGAAGCGCCUGAGCCAUUGUGCCCUCUCCAUCUUCUGACGAUGAAGCCAAAGGUCAUACUACCACCCCCAGGGAAGUUCCAGGGAGCAGACAAGUACUCCAGGAAGUGGUGGAGAAGGGUUCAAUACCUCGCCAACGAAUUCUGGUUGCGCUGGCGUCGAGAGUAUCUCCAGCAGCUGCAGCCUCGUCAGAAGUGGACGAAAUCUCAUCGGGACCUUACAAUCGGCGAUGUGGUUAUUGUAAAGGAAAAUGAAGACGCUCGACUUCGAUGGCCUCUAGGAAGGGUGGAAGAAGUUAUUCCUAGUGAAGAUGGACGUAUUAGAAAGGUAAAGCUCCUCAUGGCCGAUGGAGCUCUGGACAGUAAUGGUAAACGUUUGAAAAAGCCUUGUUACCUUGAUAGGCCAGUUCACAAGCUCGUCCUGCUAUUACCCACAGAAGAGAAGGAAUAAUUGAACUGUACAUUGAAUUAUAUCGAUGCACGAAUAGUGUUGUUAGUAGACUCAUAUUUCUUUCCUUCUGUUGUGUUUCUCUCUCUUUCUUUUCCUGUUCAGUGCUCAUUAUUCUAGCUACGCUUCUUUUGUAAUUUCUUUUUCUCUAUAUUCUUUUCUUUCUUUCACAUGCAUUCCUCCUCUUUAUACUCUUCAAUAUGUUUGUACAUAUUCCCUCGUUUGGUAUGCCUAUUUGGAGUUAAUUUCUGUAGUAGUCACGCAGAAGACAAAUGGGAUUCCCCCUCAAGGAGCCUUGGUCAUCGAUGUCGUAUAUUUCUGAUGUCAGAAGUAUUUUUCUGUUAAUUUGUAAUUUUCAUGUACAUUCAUGAUUAUGUGGUUAGUGGAUCAAGCGUUCAGGUUCUGUCAGUGUUUUUGUAAAGUAAUAGGUUGUAUACUUAUUUAGCAGUACUUAAGAUUGUCGUUUUCUUAAAGUAUCGUAAGUCCGUAUAAUGGUUUAUUGUUAUCACUUGUGUUAAUGGUGUUUAGGUUAAGUAAUUUUGCGCUAUAGAAAAUCAGUUUAUCGUUAUUAUCAUAGGUUGAAUUACAGUUGUUUGAGUAAAUGUUGCGAACAUUUAAAGGAGCCAUGUGACUACAUCAGGAUGUAGUGAUGAAAAUGUAAUAUUUUAGUUAUAAAAAGUCUGAAGACAAGACUACAAGUAAGAUUCUAGAAAGUUCCUCUUGGACUUCACUAAUGAGUCACAAAUUAAGAAUUUCUUUGUUCAUCUCAUCUACUUUCAUUUUGGGAAGAGUAUUGGUCAUUCUCAUUGUCGAAGUGAUGCAGUAAGGUUCACGUUAUAUAACACUGCAGCAGAAAUCUUUAAAAGUUAGUUGUGGAACAUCUACAAAGGCCCAAUUCGGUAAGAAUACGAUUUGAUUAUGUUAAUUAUGUUCUUAGUCAUAUUAUUUAACGUUUAUAAUUGUCAUUUUAUUUGAAUAGAUUAAUGUUUGGUAGAGAUAUAAUUUUACUGAGGUGCUACCAGCAUAUAGCCUACCUGUUAGUAGUAGACAAAGAGAUGAGUCAUGUUACAGUGUGCGAAGUAUAUAGCAGAGUGGAGUAGAUUUCCUUCUUUACGUUGAUAGAAAGUAUAAUUGUGCAUAUAUAUAAUUAAGUAAUUCAGUGUUAAUCGAAUGUUUGAUAUGUGAUAAUAUAGAUUACUGUUCGUACAUGUAGUUCAUGAUCAAUUUGUAAUUUAGAGUAUUAGACCAAAACUAUAACUUUCAUCGGAGAGAAAGAACUUUCCUUUGUGAGUGAUUUAGGGAGAAACCUUGAAUGAGUGACUGUGAUGGAAUGUAGUUAUGUUCACACGGCUAAUCUGUCUAUUGGUAGAAUACUUAUAUUAGUAGUGCACUGCACAGAGUGAGUGCAGCUGUGUUCAUAUGAGGAUUUAAUCGCCAGCUUAACUUUAUUCCUUGCAUAUUUUUAUACUCUGUUGAUUUAUGUAGGUUAAUGUUAUACGAUAUAAUAGUACAUGGGUAUGUUGAUCAUUUAUAUUAACACAAGGUUGAUUCUUAUUUAAUCACACAUAAUAGUUAUUGCUAUACUAAUUUAGAUUUAGUUAUUGACAAGUUUUCCAGAUGAAACAUUUGUUUAUUAUUGUUUGUUUAUUCAUUUUGUUACAGAUUGUUAUCUCAAGGUUUGACUCAAGGUUUGAACUUACAGUUUGGAUCUCAAGGUUACAGAGAUAGUGUUGAAGUUAACGCUAUUGAGUUGCUGAAUAAAACAUAAGUUUGUGGAAUUCUAGCAAAUUGUGUCCAGCGUGUAUUUCGUUGAGAAGCCUUGUGAAUAACAACAGUUGGAAAUAGAUGCGAACGAAACUCCUUCGUAUAAAGAUUUACGA